GCGACCGCCGCUUUGGGACGGAGCUGCAGCGCCCCAAGCGCUGUGCUGUUCAUCGUCCUUCGAUUGCACACGGCCUCUCGCUUUUUCGUCCGUUGUCGCCGAGCCCCGCUCUCACACAUCUCAUUUCCUCUAACAAGCGCCCCCCAAAGCGUUGCUUCGUCAUUUGCCGGUGUGCCCCGUUACGCUUGUGUGUCUUUCCUUCUAUCGUACCAUCGCGUGUGUUCCUCGAAGUGCAGGGGGGGGGGGUAUACGCCGAGUUGAGCGUAUCUCGUUGCCCGCGAUUGGGAUUGCGAAGCUCGUCGCCUUGUUGUGGUCGCGGUAGGGCGUAGGCAAAGGGCUCAUCCAGGCGUGGCUGCAUUCACGAGAGCGAGGGGACCCAGAGAGUACCACGCCGGGGCGAAGGAUUUAGGUGAGGCUCACAAUGGAGGCAGAGGGCAACGCGCAGCUCUUUCGAACCUGCGGCCUCGGCCGGUGGGCGAUGAGGAACCGCAUCGUCAUGUCGGCACUCACCCGUUGCCGCGCGGACGACGAUCACGUGCCGACGGCGGACAUGGUGAAGUACUACUCUGACCGCGCGUCGAUGGGGCUGAUCAUCUCGGAGUCGAUCAUGGUGCAACGUGGCUACUCGGCGAUGGCGUACGAGCCUGGCAUCUACGGCCCGGAGCAGAUCGCCGGGUGGAGGAAGGUGACGGACGCGGUGCACGCGAAGGGCGGGCUGAUUGCCGCGCAGAUCUAUCACGGCGGCCGCGCGACGGUGCCGUGCAACCUGACGACUGUGGGGCUGGUCCCGGUCGGUGCGUCCGCCGUGCCGAUCCCCGCUGCGGCGGAGACGUGCAUGGCGGUGUGGUGUCGUGACGGUGUGUCGCAGCCAUUUGCGCAGGAGAUCCACGCAUUAAGCUCUGCGGAGAUCUGGUCGAUGGUGGAGACGUUUGCGAUAGCGGCGCGCAACUGUGUGUCGGCCGGCUUCGACAGCGUUGAGCUGCACGCCGGGACCGGCUUCCUGAUCGACCAGUUCCUGAGGACGUCGUCUAACAAGCGCACGGACGAGUACGGCGGCAGCAUUGAGAACCGCGCGCGGUUUCUGCUGGCGGUGGUGGACGCCGUCACGGCUGCGAUCGGGCCGGACCGUGUGGGGGUGCGACUGACGCCGCUGGACUCAUUCAACGGCCAGUCGGACGAGGACCCGGAGGGGCUGCUGCGGUACGUGAGCGCCGAGUUGGACGGGCGGGGAAUCGCCUUUAUCGACCUGUUUCGCGGUGAUCCGAAGGCUGCGGCCGUGGCGCGGUCGGACAUUUGGGUCCGCGAGUGCUUCCGCGGUACGCUCCUGGCGAGCCACGGCUACGCGGAUGCGGCGGCGGCGUCGCGUGCGAUUGCUGAGGGGGCGGUGGACGCUGUCUGCUUUGGCCUGCCCGCCGUGGCGAACGCCGAUCUGGUGUGGCGCUUGUGGAGCGGCACGCCGCUGAACCGGGCCGACGUCACCACACUCUUCACGCGUGGCGCGGAGGGCUACACCGACUACCCGAUUUGUGAGCCGAAGGGCUUUCUUCAGCCCAGUGAACGGGGCAGCGCAACGUCGUCGGCAGCCCCGACGGGCCAGCCAGCGCUCGAGAAGAAGAGCCGUUUGUGA